AUGAUGUCUACCCAACACUGGAUAGGGGGUUUUCGACCGGUUGCUCUCAUAAUUGCAUUGAUUGUUCUGGCGUUCAAUAUCCUGCCUGUACAGGCGACUAUUCCUACUUCUCAGCGCUUUGAUCUAUCAAAGCCUUCCUACGACCUCUUCCGCAGCAAGCCCCUACAUGAUAAGACUGUACAGCAAGGCUUCGCAUUUGACAAUACCAAUCGCCGACUUUUUGUCGCCCAGCGACGUGAUGGUUCCUCCGAGACUUCGGGCGACCUAUGCAUUACCCAACUUGAUUUCGACGGCAACUACGUGGGAUACAUGUAUUUAACCAGUUUCGGUCACGGCGUCUCCUUUGGCGUUCAAGCAGUCGGCUCAUCAUCCUACCUAUGGACGGAAGUGGAGGCCAGUUCUAAUGGAUAUGGCAAGAAACUUGCUCGGUUCAAGUUUGUUAGCGGGACUACACUCUCGUCCACCUCGUCAUCACUUGAGAAAUUCGUCCCUAUCACGGGUGCUACAGAGCAUACGUGUUCCAUUGAUCCCGUGAGCAACCGUCUCAUUGUCCGCCACAACCUCAGUGACGGUAAACAUAUUGCCGUGUUCAACUUGGAUGAAGCAGCGGAUGGGGAUUUCUCCAGCCCUCUCGCAAAUUUCAAGCAUCCGUCGUUAGACACGGCAUCGGCUACAUUCCAAGGGUAUGCAGCGUAUGGCCAGUAUAUCUAUCUCUUGUACGGAAACUCGUAUGAUGUCACCGGUGGUAAGGUCAAUUCAGACGUGACCGCUGUCAACAUGAAUACUGGAUCUGUCGUCCAGGGUCCUCUCAUUACAAAAGCGGGAUCAACACUAUCAUUCCGUGAGCCUGAAGGAUUGGCUAUUUAUAAGACUGCAGCCGGGGAAGUUCGUCUUUUCCUAGGAUUUGCGUCGGGUGACGGUGGUGAUCGGCGAUCGAAUUUAUUCUACAAGAAUGCUUUGGUUUAG